GCUAUAACAUAUUAUGUGGAAUAGGACAUAUUCAGGCGUUGUAAGAUUUGGCAUGCGUCAGCAACGCCCGGGCAGAGGAACGGGUCCAAUAUCUCACGCACGUACGCGCGUGUUUCCUCAUCAUCCACAGUGAGCGACGCUCGUCCCCGAAGCGCCCGGAUGAAAAAGAGAGAUUCAAGGGAACAGGGUUGUUUGACUCGGUCGAGAUCGAGCAGAGCAGGGGGGACAUACAGGACUGAGAGAGAGAGGGAGUGUGUCGGAAUCUGAACAUUGUCGACGGAGCUUCUAAAAGCCACUAGGGCGACAACCAGACGUUCGGUUCUGGGAAAACCGGAGAGUUGUUGAACGGUGUCGUGUUUCUCCUCUUUACCCUUCUCUCGGAUCAUUCUCUCCUCCACUUCAAUCUCCUUCUGAUGCGAGGAGACUGCAUGCUGAAGGUGUCACGUCGGUCGUGGAGCAUCGAGUCAUCAUCAGCUGACGGUGAGGGACGUGUGUAGACGGGACUGUCUCAGCUCUGAGUCAUGGAAUUCCCCCUCCGUCCGCCACUAGCCGCCUCCUCUCCACAGACUGACUUCCAGAUGCUGAGUUAGCGACACGUUGCUCCCCUCCGUCCGCCACUAGCCGCCUCCUCUCCACAGACUGACUUCCAGACGCUGAGUUAGCGACACGUUGCUCCCCUCCAACUGAACAGAACCAGGAAGGGGACGAAGUCACAGCGGAGCUUCGUACGCACAGAGGAAGGGAUUUACAGCUCUACUCCCAACGCACCAACAGCUAGCUGCUUUUAGCCGAGUUGGGUAGGUUGAGUUGGGUAGGUUAGGUUAGGUUGAGUUGAGUUGGUUAGGUUGAGUUGGUUAGGUUGAGUUGGGUAGGUUAGGGUAGGUUGAGUUGGGUAGGUUUUUCUCCUGUCUGUCUUGUUUUUUUUCUGUGGAUUUUGGGAUUUUUGAUCGAGAGUCAAGAUGGUGGAUUUACAAGAGUACCUGUGGAUGGUGAUCCUGGGCUUCGUCAUAGCCUUCAUCCUGGCCUUCUCUGUGGGGGCCAACGACGUGGCCAACUCGUUCGGGACGGCGGUGGGGUCGGGGGUGGUGACGCUGAAACAGGCCUGUAUCCUGGCGUCCAUCUUUGAGACGUUGGGUUCCAUGCUGCUUGGAGCCAAGGUGGGGGAGACCAUACGGAAGGGCAUCAUAGACGUCAACCUAUACAACGAGACGGUGCCUGUUCUCAUGGCAGGGGAGGUCAGUGCCAUGGUCGGUUCGGCGAUUUGGCAACUCAUCGCCUCGUUCCUCAAACUACCCAUCUCCGGGACGCAUUGCAUCGUGGGUUCGACCAUCGGGUUCUCCAUGGUGGCCAUUGGCACCAAGGGCGUACAGUGGAUGCAGCUGGUCAAGAUUGUUGCAUCCUGGUUCAUCUCUCCCCUACUGUCAGGAAUGAUGUCAGGGUUCCUCUUCUUUCUUAUCAGACACUUCAUCCUCAAUCAGGAUGACCCGGUGCCCAACGGUCUCCGUGCCCUGCCAGUGUUCUACGCCUCAACGAUAGGCAUCAACGCCUUCUCCAUCCUUUACACAGGAGCACCAUUGCUAGGUCUGGAGAUGUUACCGGUGUGGGCUAUAGCUCUGAUCACGCUGGCAGGGGCUCUGGUCUGUGCUGCCGUGGUCUGGUUUGCUGUCUGCCCCUGGAUGAGACGGAAGAUAGCAAGUCGAAUAAAGAAGGAGCGAGCUGCCCUGUCCAGGAUCUCAGACGAGUCCUUAGGACAGAUCCCUGAGGAGGAAGAGGAGGAGCUUCCCGUGUUCAAGGAGCUACCGGGCGCCAAGGGAACAGACGACGCCGUGCUGCCGUUAACGGGUGGUACCGGAGGAGAAUCGAGGAGAGGAGAGUCCACCGGAGAGCUCAACAGCCUGGCCAACGGAGGCACUGUCCUGCCCAAAGGACGCGUCUAUGGACGAACCCACUCCAUGACCAACGGUACCCUGUCCAUGUCCAAAUCCCCGCUGUCCAACGGCAGUUUCACCUUCGGAGGGGAACACAUCCGCAGCGACGGUCAAGUGUACCACACGGUUCACAAGGACUCUGGUCUCUACAAAGACCUGCUCCACAAGAUCCACCUGGGACGGCUGGAGGACGACCACUCCGCCCCCACGCCAGACAACAACUACCGCCUGCUGCGUCGCAACAACAGUUAUACCUGCUACACGGCCGCCAUCUGUGGCAUGCCGGUCCAGCCGCUGCUCCGCUCCGAGUCCCGCGAGGCCCGAGAGGCACGCGAGGACAGUGAGAAGCUGGUGGGGGAGGUGGAGAGGUCUGGGAGCGUGUCCUACACCAAGAAGAGGGUCCGCUAUGAUAGUUAUUCAUCGUACUGUAACGCCGUGGCGGAGGCAGAGAUCGAGGCGGAGGAGGGCGGUGUGGAGAUGAAGCUGGCGUCUGACCUCGGGGGCGAGGAGGCAGGGGCGCCCGGGGCUCCCGUCCCACUGGAUGACUCUGCAGAAGAGGACGAAGGGGAUAAGGACAAACCGACCGUCUACCUGCUCUUCCACUUCCUGCAGAUCCUCACCGCAUGCUUCGGAUCUUUUGCUCACGGAGGCAACGACGUCAGUAACGCCAUCGGCCCAUUGGUGGCGCUGUGGAUGAUCUACGAACAAGGCGGGGUGAUGCAGGACGCUGCCACCCCCAUCUGGUUGCUGUUCUACGGUGGCGUGGGCAUCUGCUGCGGCCUCUGGGUGUGGGGGCGCCGGGUGAUCCAGACCAUGGGCAAGGACCUCACUCCCAUCACCCCCUCCAGCGGAUUCACUAUAGAGCUGGCUUCAGCUCUCACUGUUGUGUUGGCUUCCAAUAUCGGAAUCCCUGUCAGUACCACACACUGCAAGGUGGGCUCGGUGGUAGCGGUUGGCUGGAUCCGCUCCAAGAAGGCGGUUGAUUGGCGGUUGUUCCGUAAUAUCUUCCUGGCGUGGUUCGUCACGGUACCGGUGGCGGGGCUGUUCAGCGCCGCGGUCAUGGCCCUGUUCGUCUACGGCAUCCUCCCUUACGUCUGAGGAACAGAGGAGAGGGGGAGGCCUCAAGGAGAUGGAGUGUGGGGGGGGGGGAUAAAAGUGAGGGAUAAAGAACGAGGAGAUGAAGAGUGGGCCUCGAUGUUAAGAAUGGGGCUAAGGGGAGAGGAGAGAGAUGGAGGGGUGGAAUGGUUAAUUACACUGUGUCUGGAGAAGAGGAUUAGAUCACAUGCUGCCUGGGUUCUAGUCCCGAAGAGGGUUAGAUCACAUUCUGCCUGGGUUCUAGUCCUGAAGAGGGUUAGAUCACAUUCUGCCUGGGUUCUAGUCCUGAAGAGGGUUAGAUUACAUGCUGCCUGAGUUCUAGUCCCGAAGAGGGUUAGAUUACAUGCUGCCUGGGUUCUAGUCCCGAAGAGGGUUAGAUCACAUGCUGCCUGGGUUCUAGUCCCGAGGCUCGUUGACUUCCUUCUAUUGAGUUUUAUUUUUAUUAUUUUUGCAUUAAAAAAACAAUGGUGUUUAACUAACAUGUUAAAUCUUACAAAGCAACCUGCUGUACAGACAUACAUAUCACAGACGUACAUAUCACAGACGUACAAUGCCUUCAGAAAGUAUUCUUACCCCUUGAUUUAUUCCACAUGUUGUUUUACAGUUUGCUAUUUUAUUGAAAAUAAAAUACAGAAUUGUCUCUUUUUAUUUAAGUAUUCACACCCCUAAGUCAAUACUUUGUAGAAGCACCUCUGGGUGAGUCUCUAAGAGCUGGAUUGAUCAUUGCUAGACAACCAUUUUCAGGUCUUGCUAUAGAUUUUCAAGUAGAUUUAAGUCUAAACUGUCACUCAGGAACAUUCACUGUCUUCUUGGUAAGCAACUCUACUGUAUAUUUGGACUUUUGUUUUAGGUUAUUGUCCUGCUGAAACGUGAAUUCAUCUCCCAGUGUCUGGUGGAAAGCAGAUAGAACCAGGUUUUCCUCUAGGACCUUGCCUGUGUUUAGCUCCAUUCUGUUUCUUUUUUAUCCUGAAAAACUCCCCAGUCCUUAACGAUUACAAGCAUACCCAUAACAUGAUGCAGCCACCACAAUGCUUGAAAAUAUGGAGAUUGGUACUCAGUAAUGUGUUGUAUUGGAUUUGCCCCAAACAUUACACUUUGUAUUCAGAACAAAAAGUGUAAUGUUUUGCCACAUUUUCUGUAGUGUUACUUUAGUGUCUUGAUGCAAACUGGAUGCAUGUUUUGGAAUAUGUUUAUUCUGUACAGGCUUCCUUCUUUUCACUCUGUCAUUUAGGUUAUUAUUGUGGAGUAACUAUAAUGUUGUUGAUCCAUUCUCAGUUUUCUCCUAUCACAGCCAUUAAACUCUGUAACUGUUUUAAAGUCA